AUGCCCGCGUACGAGCAGCCUGUGUAUCAGGAAUCAGCUGCAAGCCAACCACACCGUCAAUUCACGCUGGGAUCUCUUCGCCCCUCCUGGCCUCGGAGAGAUAGCCCUGUCGAGGAACCAUUGCAAAAAUCCAAGCCGAUAUCUAAGCGACGUGCGGAAUGGAACAGCUUUCUGAGCAGGAAAUGGGCUGUCACCUUCGCCGCCGUUACUCUUGUACAGGCAAUCAUUUGCCUAAGUUUUGAGGUAUACGUUUAUGUGAAGCUUGAGUCGAGGCUUAAGCUCGGCAUCCAGAACAAUGUGAAGAAGCAGGUCGAGAUCAUCCCGACGUUCCUACCCCUCUUCAUCUUUGGCUUCCUUUACGAGAAUGUACUCGUAUGGGACGCCCUUCGGGCCAAGAACACCAUCCAAAUCAUGGGGGCCUGCUUUGCCAACUUUGCACUCGCAAUCUACACGGGAAUCCAGAUCGACCAAGUCUACACAGCACUCGUUCUCGCGAAAGAGAAUAACCAAUUGCAAAAGCCAAUCGACCCCGACAAGGUGUUCGAAGCAACCAAGCCAUAUUUGUUUACCAUUUGCGCUCUCAUCAGCACGGCCACAAUCAUCAUGGUCUUUGCGGCCUGGAAACUCUACCAGGAGUUUUCCUGGAGCGUGCUUAAAAUUAUUGGCGCUGACUACAAGAUGAAGAAGCGUUUUCUUUGCUAUCAGAUCUAUAUUGGACUGCUUAAGUUUGACUUCUUCUUCGUGAUUGGGUUCAUGAUUCAGCUCGUCUCAGUCGUCACUGGUCGCCGCGAUCCUGAAUUUGGUCUAACCAUCGCCGCCAUGCCCAUUACGCUCAUCAUCCUGGCCGCUGCCGCCUUCUGCACGCGUAGGGAGAUCAGAUGGGGCAUGGUUGUUACAAUCAUCCUCUAUCUCGGCGCACUGUCCUAUUUCAUCUUCAAGUCCGCCCGAGUCUUGUCUAAUGACACUAUUUGGCAAGAAUACUACAAGGCGGUCAAAAAACCCCUCGCGGCAUUCGCCUUGAUCACGAUUGUUCUCAUCGUCAUAACCAUCAUCAACGCGAUAUACUGCAUGCACAACUUCGGCAAGGGACUUAAAGAUUAUUUUGGGAAGCGAAGCAAGAAUGACCAUGACCAAGAGAUGGGUUCUCCAGGUCCCGUCAACGAACAGCAUCGGAUGAGCCGUAUAACUAUUGAUUGA